AAGUGAUUUAGAGGGUGGGGCUAUGAGUAGAUUGAUGGUUACUAAUGUUGCUUGAGUAGAUUGAUGGUUACAGGUCAAUGGCCAGCCUAUACCACUGGGGGAGUGGAGAGUGGCAGAAUAUCACAGACCAAACUAAAGGAAUUGGGACUGAAUAGUGUCUGUAGAUAAAUUAGUGAAACAAUGAAUUGUCUGGAAGAAAUGGGUGUUCUCUCAAGAACAUGUAUGACUGAACUGGUGUCUAAUGUGGGCUUAACUUUACCCCUGGAGUCAUCAGAGGUAUUUGGCACUAAAGAGCAUCAUGAGGGAGAGGAUGUGUGUCAGCUACUGAAAGUGUACUUGAGAGUGCGACCCUUCUCCAAGGCAGAGCUUGAAAACAAUGAAAACCAGGACUGCUUAAUGAUUGAAAACCAAGAAACAGUAACACUUCGUGCUCCUAAAGAAUCAGCUUCAAUGAAGAACAGUGAAAAAGGAAUUGGUCAAUGUGCACAUCGGUUCACCUUUACUCGGGUUUUUGGACCAGAUAGUACUCAAAGUGAAUUUUUUGAAGGCACAAUGAAUGAGAUACUUAAAGCAUACAUUAAUGGAGUGAAUGGGCUUGUGUUUACCUAUGGUGUUACUAAUGCUGGCAAAACAUUCACUGUUCACGGCUGUCCAAAAGAUGGUGGUAUCCUGCCUCGUGCUCUUGAAAUGAUCUUCAACCAUGUAAGAGGAAGACAGUAUCAAGAGAUGAACUUAAAGCCCUGCUUCAGCAACUUUAUCAAGAGGCUGGAUGAUACGCAGACUAAGCGAGAGGAAUCCAUAAAAGCUGCGGUCCUUGCCUCUUUGAAAGAGGAGCCUGAUCAUUCUUUGAAGCAUACCACAACUUCCGGUACACCAGAUUCAACUCGUAGUGACUGUAGUUCACCCAGUCUUGUUUUGGAUCAAUUAGACAAAAGUAAUGAACUACUAGAUGCUGAGAGAGGUAGCAAGUAUCAGAGCACACUGUUGUCUGUCUGGGUUUCUUUCUUUGAAAUCUACAAUGAGUACAUUUAUGAACUACUGGACUUACUGCCAACAUCUAAAAAUCAAAAACGUAAAGUUCUAAGGAUCUGUGAGGAUCAAGGAGGAAGUUCUUAUGUAAAAGACUUGAAGUGGAUCAACGUAAAAAACAUAGAUGAAGCUUACAAAAUACUUCAAAUAGGAAAUAAAAACAGAAGUUUGGCAUGCACCAGGACAAAUCAGCAAUCAAGUAGAAGCCACAGCAUCUUUUCUAUCAGACUAAUCAGCUUGAGUGAUGAGGCUAUGCCACGUGUUCUCGGAGUCUCUGAACUCUCUCUGUGUGACCUGGCUGGAUCAGAACGAUGCAAUAAAACGCAUAGCUUUGGAGACCGGCUUAAAGAAGCAGGCAAUAUUAACAAUUCUCUUCUUAUCCUUGGAAAAUGCAUUGCAGCUCUGAAACAAAAUCAAAAUCCUAAGUUAAGGCAGGCAUAUAUUCCCUUCAGAGAAAGUAAGCUAACCCGCUUAUUUCAACCAUUCUUUUGUGGUAAAGGCAAAGCUUGUAUGAUAGUUAACAUUAACCAGUGUGCCUCUACAUAUGAUGAGACCCUGCAUGUUAUGAAAUUUUCUGCUGUAGCUAAGCAAAUUAUUCAAACAGUUCAAUCUAAAAUCUUUGAUUAUUUCCCCCCACAAUACAGUGGGAGGGAAGGUAAGCCUGAAGUGCAUUUUGAUGACGUAUCUGCUGAGGAACUUCCAGAUGACAUUAAUAUAUCCUCUUCCUCUGAAGAAGAAAUAGAUAUUAGCAUUAUGACUCAUGAGGAUCUCUUGAAAACUACGAUGCUCCUAAAGAAAAAACUAAUUUUGGAAAGACAAAGCAAGUUACUUCUUGAGGUGCAGAUACGGAAAGAGAUGGCAGAAGCAAUGUUUCAGCAACUGCUGGAAACAGAAGAAUCCUGGCGUAAGCGCCUGGAAGAUAUGAGAGAAAGCUAUGAAGAGAAACUGGAGAGUAAAUUUGAAAUGUACAAGGAGGCUAUAAAGAGGCAUGCAUAUAUGUGUGCAAUGGAGCAAAUUGAGGAGCACUAUGUUCCAGUUGAAGAGUUCAUAGCUGAACAAGCAAAGGUUGAGGAUCGAGAGAUGAAAAUACAGCAGCUGAAGCUUAAAUUUGGAGAGCCCAAUGCCUUUGCUUUGGAAAGUCCUAAUUCAGAUACCACAGAGGGGGAGAUUAAUCCAGAUGGUGCAGAAAUGAUGGUGCAGAAAACUUCAGAUACCUUGUCAAGGCAGUGUGAGGAGAAAGAUGAGUUAAUCAAAUCGCUGAAGCUGAAAAUGCAAAAAUUAAAUCCGAUGUUACAAGAUGCUAAUGAUAACUAUAAAAAAACAGUUGAGGAAAAUAAUAGACUGAAGCAGGUGAUAAUGUUCAAGGAACAAGAGAUCGAAGGCCUUCAAACCUGGGCUGAACGUGUCCAUGAACUUGAAGCCACAGUAUCUCUUCUACAAAAAGAAUUAGAUGAAAGCAAGAAAAAGUUUCUUGAUGUGGAAGAGCUUAAGCAUCGGAAAUCCAAGAAGGGCUUCUUUGCAAAUCUUAAAUAUUCAGUAGUUGAGGUUCCUAAAACAAACAGCAAGGACUCAGAAAAACCUAACUGGUCGCCUACAGUGAUGUGCAAACAAACAGUGAAUAAAGUAAAAGAAUCACUCCAGUCUUUUUAGGUGUGUGAAAUUGUCACCCCAGAGGCUAACAAUACCUUAGAUUGUGGAGUUUUUUUCAUAGUGGAAGAUCACAGGAGAAAAACCAUGAAGGCAGCCUAAAUGUCACUAUAACUUGAAGAGAGACAGUUUCACUUCUCUGUUCUUUAGAUAGGAAAACAGUAUUAUGUAUUUUGCUUUUUUGGCAGUGUAUGAAUUUGUAGCAACGUUUUUGCACCUAUAGUGUUUGAGAGACUUGGCAUCAAGAAUAGGAGAAUACUUUUUAAACACUUUCCCUUUUUUUGCAGCAAGUUAAACUUAUUCGAAACCUUACACAGAUGAGUUUUAAUAAAUGCAGCUGAUAUUCAGAUUUAUAUUUUGAUUUAAUGACUAAUAGAAGCAUGUUGAAAAGGUGCUAUUAAAUUCAUUGACUGAACAUUUUUGCCUGUGUGAAGGAAUGGAAUAUAAACGAUGACAUCACUUAGGAGUGAUGUCAUUGCACCAGCAAUGUUGUCAAAUGUGUCAAACCCCUUUAUUAUAUACUUACUAAUAAAUGUUUUCCAAUUUCUGACCUGAUCAAUCUCUUCCUAGAAUAUAAAUAAAGUCAGGAUUUGUAUCAGUGAA